AUGCCGUUCAUUGAUUAUUGUCUGCAUGCAAUCUUUUUUCUGAUUGCUCCGAUGAUUUAUUUGUCUAUAAGUAUCUAUCUAUCUAUCUUUCUAUCUCAGUAUAUUCAUAUCUAUCUAUCUAUCUUUCUAUCUCAGUAUAUUCAUAUCUAUCUAUCUAUCUUUCUAUCUCAGUAUAUUCAUAUCUAUCUAUCUAUCUUUCUAUCUCAGUAUAUCUAUCUACUUAUCUAUCUAUCUAUCUUUCUAUCUCAGUAUAUUCAUAUCUAUCUAUCUAUCUUUUCUAUCUCAGUAUAUUCAUAUCUAUCUAUCUAUCUUUCUAUCUCAGUAUAUUCAUAUCUAUCUAUCUAUCUUUCUAUCUCAGUAUAUUCAUAUCUAUCUAUCUAUCUUUCUAUCUCAGUAUAUUCAUAUCUAUCUAUCUAUCUUUCUAUCUCAGUAUAUUCAUAUAUCUAUCUAUCUAUCUUUCUAUCUCAGUAUAUUCAUAUAUUCUAUCUAUCUAUCUUUCUAUCUCAGUAUAUUCAUAUCUUCAUUCAUCUAUCUUUCUAUCUCAGUAUAUUCAUAUCUAUCUAUCUAUCUCAUCUUUCUAUCUCAGUAUAUUCAUAUCUAUCUAUCUAUCUUUCUAUCUCAGUAUAUUUAUAUCUAUCUAUCUAUCUUUCUAUCUCAGUAUAUAUCUAUCUAUCUAUCUAUCUUUCUAUCUCAGUAUAUUCAUAUCUAUCUAUCUUUCUAUCUCAGUAUAUUCAUAUCUAUCUAUCUAUCUAUCUCAGUAUAUUUAUAUCUAUCUAUGUUUCUAUCUCCGUAUAUUCAUAUCUAUCUAUCUAUCUAUCUUUCUAUCUCAGUAUAUUCAUAUCUAUCUAUCUUUCUAUCUCAGUAUAUUCAUAUCUAUCUAUCUUUCUAUCUCAGUAUAUUAAUAUCUAUAUCUAUCUCAGUAUAUUAAUAUCUAUCUCAACAUAUUAA